AUGAGAAUAGGUUGCCUCCAGUUUAGCCCUCAAAUGGCUGCAGUCGACGACAAUUUGAACCGCGCCGAUGCUGUGCUUAAUCGGGCCAACCCGGACGACCUUGAAGAUUUGGAUAUCCUGGUGUUGCCCGCAAUGGCUUUUACCGGCCAAAACUUUCUUUCGUUGCGGGACAUAUCGCCAUUCCUCGAACCGGUCGGUUCAGGAAUCAGUGCCCUCUGGGCUCGCACAACAGCACUCAAAUACAAUUGCAAAGUAGCAAUCGGCUACCCCGAAAAGGCGGAUUCCUCAUCCAGCUUCCUCCUCCAGGGCGCAUUCUUCAACUCGUUAUUAAUGGUCAACGAAAACGGCGAAACCCUGGCAAACUAUAGAAAGCAGCAUUUGGAUUAUGCCGAUAAAGGGUGGGCAUUCGAAGGGGCCGGAGGGUUUUUCCACGACGUAAUCGACGGGCUGGGGCGAGUUACCAUGGGAGUGUGCACAGAUAUCGACCCUUCCGAAACACCAUGGCACCAGUUCGAAUUUGCUUUUGAUGUUCUGGAUUCUGAAGCAAAUGUCGUUAUUGUUUCCAUGGCCUGGAGUGCCAGCGCUCUCGACAACCCCGCCUCUUUCCAUAGCAAGCCGGACGAGCCCCACAUUGCCACGCUGGAGCACUGGGUCAAGCGCAUGGAGCCUCUCAUCCGUGCCGAUCGCGAAGACGAGAUCAUCUUCGUUUUCGCGAACCGUUGUGGCAGCGAAGGCGACGUUUUAUACACCGGAUCUUCAGCCGUCAUCGGGAUUUGCAACGGAGAGGUCAGGGUUUACGGCGUGCUCGGUCGAGGGACCAAGCAGCUGCUCGUUGUCGAUACCGAUGAGGAGCCCUCAGCUAGGCUCGUUAGGCGGUCCGGCAAAAGAGCUGCCGACGAUAGCUGCAAUGUUGUCGGCGAUGAUUUGCUCGGGCCUGCACGCACUGUUGAGGGGCUCGCUGUCCCUCACAGUUCCCAAAACAUAUGUCCGAGAAGCGAAAUUGAUACCCGCGAAUUAGCGUCAAUUCAUAUGCCGGAAAGCACAGCUGACAUUUCUACGAAUGCCGCCACGAACAUUCGCCCAAAAUCGCCCAAAAAGACCAGGCAUUUGGCUUGUGCACAGACCCAAAUGCCUAUUCCCAACCGACCGUAUCGCUUUAAUUUUGCAAUGCGAAAACCAGCCACCGGAAACACGCUUGUGCAAACCAUUACCACGCUUGUAACUGUCGAAAUCACAGUUGCGGCGACGGAUGGCCUCGCACUAGAUGAUGCGGCUUCGAUAAGUGAAGAGCCGUUUGCGCUGGAGGCUGCAGCGCCAGAUGGCAAUGCGGGAAGACGUUCGGCAGAUGACAAGCCAUUUGCAUCGCUUGAUGCUGAUGUGAAAGAGCUGUUUGACAGGGGGUUGGCUUUUGGGAAUUCCGUAUGGGGAGCAGUGGGCGGAAGUGUGGAAGGCGUGGAAGAUGUGGCGUCUGUGGUCGACGUAUCGGCCGCCGUCGUGUUUAAACUACCCAACCCGGGCCUAGGUGGUGUAGAAAGUCUUGGUCCAUCUACCGAGGGCACUGGCACAUUUAAGCAAGCUCUUCGGGAACAACUACAGCAGUACAUUCGUUUAUACGCGCGCCAAUAA